AUGGAAGCAUCAUCUCGCCUCAAUGUUGAUAUGUUAAAUCCACCAAUGUCUCCAAGGCCAUUCAAGAAAAUCCUUACAGUUGUUGAUUCUGUAAAAAGAAGCAGAAUACGUCAACAAGUUUCUGAAGCUCCAUGUUUGGUUUUUAAUGAAUCUCAUGGUGAUAUAGUAAUAAAUGAUCCUGUAGAAAUAGCAGUUGCUGUUGAGUCUGCACUGUUUGCUGAAUGGGGAUCGACCUCGAACAAUAGUAAAUGUGGAUCUUUUUUGUUCAAUAUUAAGGAUCCUAAAAACCCAGAUUUUCGCAGAAAGAUUCUGACAGGAGUUAUAAAGCCUGAGGGAGUGGCUAAACUGAGUGUACUAGAUAUGGCAAGUGAUGAAGGAAACUGGAGAAUGAGAAGAUUGCUGAAAGAUCUGCAAGGAAAAGAUUUAUCGAAAGAAAAGAAGAAGAUGAGAAAGGAACAACAAAGGAGUUCAAUUGUGGAAGGUGUGGAAAACGUGAGAAUACUUACUAUCAGCUGCAGACAAGAAGUGCUGAUGAACCUAUGUUACAUGCAAGAAUUGUGA